UGGACCAAAGGAAAUCUAAGCAAAAGUAAAAAGAAGGCAAAAAUGUACGUGAAUUGUAGUUCAUACUUAAAUAGGGACGAUGAUGAUGACAGUGCUUCUGAUGAAUUUCCAAAAAUAUUGAGUCGUAACCCUAAUCAAUUACGUGCUACUUCAGUUUUCAAUCCUCGUCGUCCUGUUGUAGAUUAUUCUGAAAGUGAAGAUGAAGGACAGGCUCAGUGGUCUAACCAUAACAAGCCACCUCAUUCCACGAAUGAUAUUUCAUCACUUUUAAGAAUGAUGAUGAUGCUCAACCUCAGACAAGGUGCUGGUGCUGGUGCUGGUCGUACUUCCCAACUGAUUCUUAGCCAGAAUCGUCGUCCUAUUGUGGAUUAUUCAGAUACUGAUGAGGAAGAGAUAUCAGCUCACUACAGGCAGAUAAAACACUUUAGCCAUCCACAUUCCUUGAACAAGUACGACGUUGAACGAGACAACGAAAUUAACUGCAAAGUCUGCGGGCUGCAAAUUCUUGGCUCGGCUUAUGGUUGUCAACGUUGUCAAUUUUACCUACAUGUUUCGUGCUUCGAUCUGCCCCAAAAGAUUCAGCACGAUUCUCAUCCUGCUCAUCCUUUAACGCUUCGAAAUCUUUCCUACUACAAGAACUGUGGAAAAUCUUGUGAUGCUUGUUGUGAAGAUAUACGACGAAGUUUUCUAUACUGUUGUGAUCCUUGCAAUUUUGAUCUUCAUGUUACUUGUGCUACCUUAUAUAGCAUUGCGAGGAGAAAUGAUUCACCAAAGGAUACUCUUCGACUUUACUACUCGUUUCCUGUCAGUGACAACAAUCAAAUGCAUUGGAUUGCGCGAUGCAAUGUUUGUAACAAGAAGGUGUCUAAGGAAGGUUGGUUAUAUUAUAGCAAGGAUACUGGCUAUAUUGCACAUAUUAAGUGUGCUAAAGGUGCUAAAGUUGGGGUUUCUUGGAUUAAAGAGAGACUUAAUAUGCUUAAAGUUAAGUAGAAGAAAUUAAGUAUGUGAGAUGAUAUAUAUAUCUGCUUGAUCAAGUGCUUGAAAAUAUAUAAUGUAGGGAUUAUGCAUGUCGUUAAAAUAAGGUAUCUUGCACUGGCAGAUAUGAAAUAAGUCCAGGAUUGUACUCUAUCUAGUAGAAUUGGUGGCCGUGUGAUGAGGCAUAGGUUGUCUUCAAUAUUAGCCACCAUAUAUUUGUAUGUCGACGAUCUUAACUCGUCGGCUAUAUAUGAUUAAUAAAUGAGCUGUGUGUUUAUUAGACAA